GAGACGGGGGAGGAACAGAGCCGGCAAGGCGGAGAGGAAAGGGGGAGGGUUCGCUCAUCUCGAGCCGCUGGUGCACACGGUGCAGGGGAGAAGUUGUGGGAAAGUAAACAGGAGAAUUCCAAUCUGUGUCCAGCCACUUGCAGCCCUCGCAGGGGACUGUAAAGAUGAGUGGGCUGCACCCGCUGUGUGGUAAAAACUGAGAGUUUAUGGGAGGCUGCCGGGAUUAAAUGGUCACCAGGCAGUGCCUAGAGCUGGUCGGAGGACACACUGCUGAGGAUAAGGAGGAAUUAUGACUACUGUGACGUGUCCGCAACCACUGAAGGAGGAUGAAGAGGAGGAGGAUGAGGAGCAAGGGGAAGAGUUCGUGUUCGAGGACACGUCAGAUGAGGAGAAGCCUCAGGAGGAAAGUCCGGUCUCCGGGUCUUUACAGGUCAACAAACGUGUGGACAGCGACACUUCCCAAACAGACACAGACGAUGCACGAGCUGGAAAACCUUCACCUGCUGGACAGGAGGAAGUAGCUGCGAGUUCCACAACAGAUGUUCCAGUUAGUGACUCACCCAGCUGGGCCUCAGCAGCAGCAGCAGCAGCAGAACCAGGCACCUCAGCCUCGUGUUUGGGAGAGCAACUCCAGCAACGCCUUCUGCUGCCGUCGACUGUGGAGACGCCAUACAAUUUGAGAGACCACAGCAAAGAAACUGUGACGGAAAGCUCAGACUCCGGGGAUAUCUGUGAAGCUGAGUCACAGACUGCAGAGGCUUUGGAAGUAAUCUAUGAUGAUGUUCCAAGCGAGGAUCCCAUCUCACCUGAUGAAGCUCUGAUUUAUGAGGAUGUUCAGAGAGACAGCGCUCCCCCAGACAAUGGCUGGAGCUCCAGUGAGUUUGAGAGCUACGACGAGCAGUCUGAUAAUGAAGCCAAGCUGCCGACAAGGAGUAAGCUCUCUCCUGAAGUGCGUCGGCUGAGGGAACGCUGUGCCAGGACCAAACGUGAACUGGCCAUGAGACUGUCUGGCAAGCACAACUAUGACAUUAAGGUUCAGCAGCUCAUGAAGGCGGCGAGAAGUGGAACGAAGGAUGGGCUUGAAAAGACCAAAAUUGCUGUCAUGCGAAAGGUUUCCUUCCUGCAGAGAAAAGAGCAAUUGGAAGAGGAGGACGAUGCAGGCUACCUGGACGUGGCCGUGUCAGAGAUGAAGCAUCCUCCCCCACAGCUGAGCUCCAUGCCAGAGGGGCUGACCAGUCAUCAGGUUGUCAGACGCCAUAUCCUUGGCUCAAUUAUUCAGAGUGAGCGUAGCUACCUGGAGUCCCUCAGGAGAAUCUUGCAGGAAUACCACAGACCACUGAUGGAGGCUGAUCCACGCAUCCUGAGUCCACGGAAGAUCCGGCCAAUAUUUUAUCGAAUCAGGGAGAUCACACAGUGCCACUCCAUGUUUCAGAUUGCUCUGGCCUCACGUGUGGCAGAGUGGGACAGCAGCGAGAAAAUUGGAGACCUAUUUGUCGCCUCGUUUUCCAAGUCAAUGGUGCUGGAUGUGUACAGUGAUUAUGUGAAUAACUUCACCAAUGCCAUGGCUCUGAUUAAAAAGGCCUGCAUGUCCAAACCAGCUUUCCUGGAGUUCUUAAAGAAGAAACAGGCGUCAAGUGCUGACCGGAUCACCCUGUAUGGCCUGAUGGUUAAGCCCAUUCAACGAUUCCCUCAAUUCAUUUUGCUUCUGCAGGACAUGCUUAAGAACACACCAAGGGGCCACGUGGACCGUUUGCCCCUGCAGCUGGCUCUGACUGAGCUGGAGAUGCUGGCUGAGAAGCUGAAUGAACAAAAAAGAGUAGCUGACCAGAUUGCAGAAACCCAACAACUGGCCCGCAGCGUCAGUGAUCGCCUGCUCAGUAAGCAACUGAACUCGGAGCAGGGGUCACUGAUCCUUUGUGAGACGCUUAUUGAGACUGUGUAUGGUGAGCGGGGACAAGUCCUGAAGUCGAAGGAGAGAAAGGCCUUCCUCUUUGAUGAUGUGCUCAUCUGUGGCAACAUAAAUGUCAAGGGACCUCCAGAUAUCAGCAGCCUGGUCCCUGUCGGUCCAAAGUACACUAUGAAGUGGAGUGCCCCCUUACAGCAAGUGCAAGUUGUAGAGGUGGGGCAAGAGGGUGCGCAAAACAAAGACGCCUUCUUUCAGCAGAGUGGGGCUAAGAGGCCAAGUGUUUCCUGCACUUCAGGUAAAGCGAUUUUGGGCCCUCCACGACUUUACCAGGAGCUGCAGGAGCUGCAACAUGACCUGUCUGUUGUGGAGGAGGUCACGCUCCUGGUGGGGACGAUGCAGGGAACAUAUCAGAACCUGAACACUACUGUGGCCCAGGACUGGUGUCUGGCUCUGCAGAGGCUUAUUCGCAUCAAAGAAGAACAGAUCCAGAGUGCCAACAAAUGUCGCUUACGCCUGCAGGUGCCCGGCAGGCCAGACAAGUCAGGCCGUCCUGUCAGUUUCAUGGUGGUCUUCAACACUCCCAGCCCCCUCAGUAAGAUCUCCUGGGUCAACCGUCUGCACUUGGCCAAGAUUGCACUACGAGAAGAGAAUUCACCAGGCUGGUUGUGUGGGGAGGAUGAAGGGAAGACAGUGGCUGUGUUUAGUUGUCCAUUGCUUUCUUGUCACAUGCCAGUUUUCGCUGUGAGGUCACCAGAGAGAAAGCUUGAAGCUGCCCUUCACAAUCCUGUUCACUGUGCAUUGUUGGGCUUCUCUGCAGCGAGCACCUCUUUACCUCCAGGCUACCUCUGGGUGGCCAGUGGAGGCGACGGAUCCGAGGGACAGAUCGAGAUAUUUUCUCUCAACAGGCCCACUCCGAGGGCUUUAAAGAGCCUGCAGAUGGGCUGUCCUGUUCGAUGCCUGGAAUAUGUCCCAGAACCUUCUCUGACUGAAGACGUGGAGACUGGCGUUCACAAGGCUCCAUCGGGGAUCAGCGCCAAUAUUUGCGUUGGAUUAGAUGAUGGCCGUGUUCUGGUCUACGGCAGCGUGGACACCGCAGCACAAUGCCUGUUGACCCUCCACAACCCAGAGGGCUGCCCUGUCCUGAGCCUCAAGCACUGCUCUCGCUUCCUGUUCGCCGGCCUGCAAAACGGGACCAUGAUGGUGUAUGAAAGGACUAACGAGGAUGAGCUCUGGGACCCGGACUCCUACAGAGCCGUCGCUCUGGGCUCAGAACCAGUGCGGACGAUGCUGGUGUUGGAUGACUCGGUUUGGGCAAGUUGUGGCAACUCUGUCACAGUCGUGGACAUCCCCAGUGUCACCACUCAGAAGUUUGAAGUCCACCCGGAUCCCGUGGUCAGCGUGGUCCACAUGACUUGUGCCGGCGGAGGCGUGUGGAUGGCGUUCUCCCAGGGCUCCUCCAUCCGCCUCUUUCACACGGAAACACUGGAACUUCUUCAGGAGAUCAACAUCUCCUCACGGUCAACGCUGCUGAACACUGGUCAGAAGAGCAUGCAAGUGACGAGUCUCCUGAUUUGUCAGGGGCUGUUGUGGGUCGGCACUGCCCAGGGUUUAAUUAUCACUCUCCCCGUCCCUAAACUGGAGGGCAUCCCCAAAAUAACAGGACGAGGCAUGAUGUCUCUGAACGCCCACUGUGGCCCCGUGGACUUCCUGGUAGCCACCACCAGCACGCUGUCUCCCGAGCUGCUCAAGAGGGAUUCUGUGGGGGACGCUCCGGACCCGUGCGCGGGCGAGGACCGCAGCGACGGCUCCUGUCAGGAGUCCCUGCAGCAGCACGGCUCCGGUCCGGCCGACGGCGCGGGCAGAGGCCGCGGCGUCCUCCUGCAGUACAAGCUGCGCUCCACGGCCGGCCUCCCCGGGCGGCCGCUCACGGCGCUGGGCGACGAGGCCUCCGACUCCUCCCAGGACUCGCUGGAGCACAGCGUGGAGGACGGCUCCAUCUACGAGCUGAGCGACGAGCCAGAAACGUGGGUGAGAGGGCGUCCCUGUAAGAAGGACUCUGGGCACAGAGACAGGGUGAUGUCUGCAGCCAUUAUCUCCGGGGGAAAGGGCUACCGGCGACUGAAGCAAGGAGCUGCAGCAGGAACUAGGACGAGCGAGGACGGGUCAGAGGAUAUUCUCAUGGUUUGGCAGCUCCCACUGACGGUGUGAGCAUGAAAACAUUUGCAGAGUGAUGUGUAUUUAUGGAGGUCUGCCCAGCGCACCCUUGACUCACCUGCUCCAUAAAUUCGAGGGAUUUACCUGCAUGAGGAGGUGUUGCCACUGCUACAAACUGUGACAUGCUGUGAUUUAGUCCAUGGAGGAGGGAGACGAGCCGCUCACCACAGGUACCGCCGACCUGUAGGAUCCGAACCAUCUCUGGACCAUCACCGUCGCCAGUCGCAGACUGGUUCCAUGUGAUUACUUUCAUUUGGACUUUCAUCGUUCGGACCAAGUUCAGAUUGAUAUGGCUCAGUUUAAUCUCAUCACGGCUGCGUGUGGCCUGGCUCCUUCCUCUGCGUGGCUCAUGGAGGAAGGCCUCUGAGAGGCGCCUUUGUUGGGCCUGUCAUGCACUGCGGAGUUGGUGACAGGCCUUGUUUUUGUCUGAUCCCAUCUUUUCGGAGGUGGAGGCUGGAGACUGCUGCCGCAUCACAAAGCACAUUAGCAUCCCUUUAUUAGCUCUGCCAGCUUCCUCUCAUCCCAUACAAUGUGAAUGUAUGAUACCUACUAUUGUGUCAAAAUUGGAUCCGCGAUGUCUUGACAAAGCGAAACCAAAAAUGUUUUGGGUAGUGAGAAACGCGGCGCGUCCCUGAGGUUGUGAUGUCCUCCCCGAGCUCGGUCGCGUUCGGAAAAACACUCUGAAAGGACUGGAAUCAGGCUGUAGUUAUUAGUGAAACGCCAGAGAAACACCCGCCCAAAUAUUGUAAACACCACGUAUGUGUGUUUUAUUAUUCACCACCGUGAGACAGACUGGUUGAUGUUAAUUGAAAAGUCACACACACACAAGCGCUGCAGUUAUUUAAACGCAGCAGCUGUUUCUGAUGGACGCUGGUGCUACUGAACAAAUGGCACCAGUCUGAGUUAUUUGGAACUGGCACUGAUUUCUGUUACCUGUGACGCGAACGAGGCCUCGCGAAUAUUUGCUUUCCUUCAUGCUCCUAUUUAGUAAAUAUUUUGAAUUUAAUGCAGACAUAAAUAUUUUAUAGUCAUGAUGUGAGGAUGCACAUAAACAACGCGUCGUCUCUGGCGCUUUGAGACCUCACGUCUUCAGAUCCGUGGCCGGUCUUUAACCUAAUAGGCUCAUAAAAACAUACUGCGUGAUAUAAACCUGUUGUCAUUAGGCUACGGAUAAAAAUAAUUUCCUUUCUUCCUUCAACUGUGAAGAUGUGAGACUCUAAAACAAGCAGGACGUCUGUGAACAUGGUUCAGUGGUACUGUGAGAAAUGUGAUGUUUUUAUCUAUAACCACAAUUCAGAAUUACAGGAGCGCUGGACUAUUGACAUUUCACAUGUAUCUCUGUCAAAGUCAAGACGAACGUGUCGUGUAUUGGCUCAGAAGGUGGAAACUCCCACUGUGGAUCUUCAGUGGACUGAGCAAUGGCAAAGGUCACGGUGUAUAAUUUUCCGCCACACACGGAUCCCGACUUAUCUUUUCAUCACAGAUGAAGCAGAAAGUUCAUGUUUCGUAUUUCCCCCUCGGAACAUCCAGGUUUAUUCCCCUUUCCUCCGUCUGCUCGCGGCUGAAAUUCCGAGGCAUUUAAACAUCAUGCUGUCAGCGAGAAUCAUUCUUCAAAAUAAAAAAAAUAAAAAAAGAAAAGAAGCCGAUGAUGAAAACUGUCCUCGGAUGCUGUCAUCUAAAUGUAAAUCCCAGUGUCAAGUGAGAAAUGCUCAAUGCUCACAUUUGCUGCUAGAACCACGACACCCUCACGGUCACUAUAGAUGUUCGUUCAACCUUAAACAGAGGAUGAGUGAGUCCCCAGAAGAUAAACAUGAUUCUAUUUCAUAAGCUGAGGAUCAGGUACCGUUCAGGUUUUUACUCACAAAUGAGAUUUAAUUUCAAAGGUGACCUUUGACGGAUGCUCUGAGACUCUUAUGCAGUAAAUAAUACUACUACUACUGUACUGUACCACUAACUACACGUCUUACUGUACUAAAUAAGCCUGCAGUAUAUUCCCUUUUGUAACAGUGCUGAUGUUUAGAAGAAACCGAUCACUCGCCGUUUUCCUGUGGUGUUAAAACUUAAUUCCAUUCCAUAUGAAUGUAAAUUGGCUCUAUCUGCACUGUUGCUGAUGCAACAUAUGCUUCGCGGGCAGAACGCCGAGGCGCUAACGAGCGCGCGCGGCCUUUAAACGAACGGGCCCGUUUGGGCCGCAGCGCCGGGAGCAUCAACCCGUCCGUUAUGAGCAUCCGUCACAGUUGGCGGGCGACUCGCGGGCUCGGCGUCCGCGCGCCGUCCCCGUCGUUGUGUGCACGCAGUUUUCCGGUGCAAUGAGGCAGCGCUGCAGACAUAAUGGGUGCGCUCACCUUUUGUUUUACCACCUACGACCGUCGGCGUGUUUACGGCCUGCGAGUGAGCAAUAAACCACAAUGACUGAAGUAUCACAGGUGUAUGUACUGUAUACAGGACGCACUGUCUGACGCUUGGAGCGAAAUUAAAACCUGUUUAAACGUGA